CAAUUUGUGACGUCAUAGCAUUAACAGUUACAUUUUUGUGCAGCAUCGUAUCGUCUCUUCUUAAAAAGCAAAAGUCAUUGUGCAAGAAAAAACGAAUCAUUCCGGCUAAAAGAUGGAUUCAGAUCAACCCUUUUUGGUUGCGCUUGGAGUGGUUUCCAGUUUAUUAUUAGUAAAAAUUGUAGUUGGAAAGGUAACCGAUGCAAUUAAUUGGAUGCUGGGAAAAUCCAAACUAAAACCAACUAAAUCACACCCCAACGUUUCGAUUGUCAAUUUGGAGAAAAAGCCAAAGUCCAUCGAAAGACCAAAAGUUGUUGCCGUCGUCGAUCGUUUGCCCGAUGAAGAAAAUACUGAUGGUGUCGUAGAGCCGACGGAACAAAUAAAACCAUUCGAUUACGUCAAACCGAAAAAGCAAAAAUCAGCUACUUCGACGCCAACAGCGCCAGUUACUCGUAAAGGCGAUCUUCUUAAGAGAGCCAAAAGAAUGUCCAGCGAUAGUUUUCUACGUAUUCCAUAUGAUCCAAUAUUCCAAAAAGCCAAUCCAAUAUCGGAAACACCAAGAAAAUCAGAAUCCAAUUCAACAUUGUUCGAUAAAAAAUCACCGCGACUAAUGUUUGGAAAACCAUUUUCACCGUAUAACUUCAAUAAAACGUUGUCAGUGGCUGAAAUAAUUGAAGGAUGGCCAUUUAAGAGCCCAAUGAAACGGUCAAUCAAUGGAAAUCGAAGCCAACCAGCAGGCAGCGGCAACAGUUCAGCGAAGAAAGCAAUCACAAAACUAAGCGUUCUGACGGCACAUGAAGCGAAAAACGGAAAUGAAUGGAAUAAAGAAAAUGCAAGCGAUAACAUUCAAGGUAGCGCCGAAUCUGGUGGAAGAUAUCCGAAGAGCUUGUACAUCAGUCCAUUUGGAAUCCACGCUCGUCGACCGCUCAACCAAUAUAAUUAAUAACUUAACCAAAAAAUCACGAUUUUCAUAUUUUAUGUUGUCUUAUGUUAAUGAAAUCAUUGUACAAAAAAAGUCAUUAAAAAAUUAAACUAAAAGUUAAAAAUAAAUAUAACCGUAAA